AUGAGGGGUCAUCAACGCCGAUGGGCCUCGGACUCGGUCCCGGACAAGACGAUAGCCAGCGGCACUACGUCUCCCGGGACCGAGUCCACCUCGGGAGAGGAGUUCGUCGAGGUGACCCUAGAUUUGCAGGACGACAACACUAUCGUCCUGCGCAGCGUCGAGCCGGCGACGGUGGUUAAUAUUCCCGACGACGGAGAGGCGACUCCGGCGUCUUCCUCGAGGUCGUCGUCGAUAAGGCGGAGCUCGUCCAAUAGUAGAAUCCGGCAGUUUUCUCAGGAGCUGAAAGCGGAGGCGGUGGCCAAGGCUAAGCAGUUUUCACAGGAGCUGAAAGCCGAGCUGAAGCGAUUCUCGUGGAGCCAUGGAAAUGCGUCGCGCGUGCUCGCUGCUUCUUCUGCGAUUGCUUCUCAGAAUAAUGGAGGAGGCGCCGGGAGCGGUUACCAUGACUCGGCUCUGGCGGCGAGGGCUCUGAGGAGGCAGAGGGCUCAGCUGGACCGAACCCGCUCCGGAGCGCAGAAAGCGCUCCGGGGACUGAGAUUCAUCAGCAACUGCAAGAGUAAGAGCAAUGGCUUGGAUGCAUGGAACGAGGUCGAGAGCAAUUUCUACAAGCUCGCCAAAGACGGCAACCUCUACCGUGCCGACUUCGCCCAAUGCAUAGGAAUGAAAGAUUCAAAGGAGUUUGCUCUGGAACUGUUUGAUGCGCUCGGCCGGAGACGAAGAUUGAAGGUGGAUAAAAUCAGCAAGGACGAGCUUUACGAGUUUUGGUCGCAAAUUUCCGAUCAGAGUUUCGAUUCAAGACUUCAGAUCUUCUUCGACAUGGUGGACAAAAACGAAGAUGGAAGAAUUACCGAAGAAGAAGUGAAAGAGAUCAUCAUGCUGAGUGCUUGCGCCAACAAGCUAUCAAGAUUGAAGGAACAAGCAGAGGAAUAUGCAGCUUUGAUCAUGGAAGAGUUGGAUCCUGAGAGACUUGGCUAUAUUGAGCUAUGGCAAUUGGAGACCCUUUUGCUCCAAAAGGACACCUACCUAAACUACAGCCAAGCACUGAGCUACACGAGCCAAGCACUGAGCCAGAACCUCCAAGGCCUCCGAAGGAGAAGUCCAAUACGCAGAAUCAGCAGCAAAUGCAUUUACUACUUGCAAGAGAACUGGAAGAGGCUCUGGGUUUUGACACUCUGGGUGUGCAUUAUGAUCGGACUCUUUACGUGGAAGUUCUUCCAGUACAAGCAGAAAAACUCGUUUCAGAUAAUGGGGUACUGUCUUCUCACGGCCAAGGGCGCGGCGGAGACGUUGAAGUUCAACAUGGCUCUGGUGCUGUUACCGGUGUGUAGAAACACCAUCACUUGGCUGAGGAACACCAGGGUCGGCUUCGUUGUGCCUUUCGAUGAUAAUAUCAACUUCCACAAGAGUAUUGCUGCAGCCAUUGUAAUUGGUGUCAUUCUCCAUGCUGGGAAUCAUCUUGCUUGUGAUUUUCCGAGGCUUAUAAAGGUGCCAGAAUCAGUUUAUGAGGAGUAUUUGCAUGAUGACUUUGGAACGCAUAAACCGACAUACUUGGAUUUGGUUAAAGGUGCCGAGGGAGUGACUGGAAUUUUAAUGGUGAUAUGCAUGACAAUUGCUUUCACACUCGCAACAAAAUGGUUCAGGCGGAGCCUCAUUAAGCUGCCGAAGCCCUUCAAUAGGCUCACUGGUUACAAUGCAUUCUGGUAUUCUCAUCACCUAUUUGUCAUCGUCUAUGCCUUGCUCAUUAUCCAUGGAGUCUUCCUCUAUCUUGUGCACAAAUGGUACCUGAAGACGACUUGGAUGUAUCUCUCCGUUCCAGUUUUACUAUAUGCUGGUGAAAGAAUCCUGAGAGUCUUCCGGUCAGGCUUUUCUACUGUCCGGCUUCUCAAGGUUGCUAUAUAUCCUGGAAAUGUUCUCACAUUGCAAAUGUCUAAGCCACCUCAGUUUAAAUACAAAAGUGGACAGUACAUGUUUGUUCAGUGCCCAGCUGUUUCCCCAUUUGAGUGGCAUCCGUUUUCUAUUACGUCUGCUCCCGGAGAUGACUACCUUAGCGUUCACAUCCGUCAGCUUGGUGACUGGACACAAGAGCUUAAGAGGGUAUUCUCAGAAGCCUGUGAGCCUCCCUUAGCAGGGAAGAGUGGCCUACUAAGGGCUGAUGAGACCACCAAGAAAAGUUUGCCCAAGCUUUUGAUAGAUGGACCUUAUGGAGCGCCGGCACAAGACUAUCGGAAGUAUGAUGUCCUGUUGCUUGUUGGACUUGGGAUUGGGGCAACACCUUUCAUUAGUAUUUUGAAAGAUUUGCUCAACAAUAUUGUCAAAAUGGAGGAACAGGCAGAUUCUCUCUCAGAUUUCAGUAGAAAUUCAGACCUAAGUUCAGGAAGUACAGAUUCUCCCAACAAGCUUAAUCCGAAACGAAAAAAGACUCUGAAGACCACUAAUGCCUACUUCUAUUGGGUAACUAGGGAACAAGGCUCAUUUGAUUGGUUCAAAGGAGUGAUGAAUGAAGUUGCGGAUCAAGAUCAAAGGGGUGUCAUUGAGAUGCACAACUACUUGACUAGUGUGUAUGAAGAAGGCGACGCUCGAUCAACACUAAUCACCAUGGUUCAAGCUCUCAACCAUGCUAAGAAUGGGGUUGACAUUGUAUCUGGCACUAGGGUUCGUACUCAUUUUGCAAGGCCUAACUGGAAGAAAGUUUUCUCUAAAUUUUGCUCCAAGCACUAUGGUGCAAGGAUAGGGGUAUUCUAUUGUGGAGCACCAGUUUUGGCCAAAGAACUCAGCAAGCUUUGCUAUGAGUUCAAUCAAAAAGGUCCAACCAAAUUUGAAUUUCACAAGGAGCACUUUUGAAAGAUUCUUGGAAUGCAUAUAUAAGUAUAUAUAGCACUCUUGCCUCAGCUUCUCCAUUCAACUCCAUCACUUCCAUUCAACUCCAUUACUUGCAGAGUAAGAAAUUUUGCAUUAAUCGUAGGUCAAUAAAAUGAAGAGUAAUUUGUACAGUCUUGGGUAGAAAAAAGAAAAACAAACAGUGAUGUAUACAAGUGUUAGUAUUUAGUCAUAUAUGUAAAUCAAAGCAAUAGCACAACCAGAAGAAAUGUUCUGGUUAGUGAGAUUGAUGAUUAGGAAUCUCAGUGAUGCAAUAUUAGCCCUGCACUGUACUAGUGGUCUGAGAUGGGAUUAUAGGUGAGGUAGAGCAAGUGACCUAAACUGUCAUUGUUGGGGAAGGUACCAGCUUAGAGUGUGGUACAGCUACCGUGGAGAAGUUGACCCAAGAUUGGUAAAAGAUUUGAAUGGGGUGAGUGGUAGACACCCAUUGGUGGGCAGAAGAAGACAGUUUGGAAAAGGAGAGUGAAACUGAGGAAGGUUCUCUGGACUUGUGGGAUGAGGUGAGGUGGGAGUGAGAUGGUUCUGUCUGUUUGAGGAAAAUCUUCAUGUUCAUCUUUUGUGAAAGUGGGCUCAGAGAAUCCUUCUAGAAUUUGAGGAUGAUGAUGCAGAGGACCACGUGGAAAUGCAAUUAUUUUUUAUAGGGUACUUUACAAUAAUGGAGUUUUGGCUUUAAAUGAGGAUCAUACUUCUAAGUUUUUCUCAUUGGGGGUCAGAUCCUGAGAUCCAUAUAUAUGAAUGGAAGCAUAACAUUGCAGUAUCUUUUGGAAGAUUUUGGUAUCCAAUGUACAGAAAAGAAUUAGUUCAUUAUAGUCUGAACUCAGAACUUGAAUCCCACAUAUAUAUUUGUUCUUCUGGUAUUCCUAUGCUUCAAUAAAAGAUACUCCUCAGAUGAUCUCAUAAUCACAA